UUUUGUUGUAACGAAUGCGCACACGAAAAAUAUUUUUGCAAAGGUUGUGCUGACAGCACUCACGAAACAAGCAACUACUUCCAUGUGCUUGAACGGUUUAAUGUAUGGAUGGAAAGAAUAAAGAUAAAUUCAGAUGGGUAUACAUUACCUUACUUUCCCAAUCAUGGUAUUCUUGCAGCAAGGCAUCAGAAAUCUUGCCAUAGUGCUCAAGCAAGAAAUGUCAUUUGCAUUGACCAAUAUGGCCGGCAACAUCAGAAACAAAUUCUGUUUUGUGAGUGUGAAAAAGAUUCAAUAACGUUAAUAAGAUUGAAACUUUGGCCUGGCAGUGCUACUCGUCCCUCUUUAGCUUUUCAUUUUAAGAUGAUGGAGUUGGCUGAAACCUUACUUCUUGAAUGUCAUGUUUCACUUCGAAAAUUCUGCGAUGCUCUAAAAAUAUGGACAAAGUGCUCCUCUUUACCAUUGUGGAUUAAGAACAUGUAUUCAACACUGAACAGCAACUCAUUUGAUGAGUUUCGGUAUCAUCGGCAUUUGUUGAGAAAUGGUUACCCGCUUGUAAAGCAACAUGUCCCAGGGAGAUAUUUGUGCCCUCUUUGUCCCAAACCUGAUGAAGCUGGUACUCUGAUUGAAUCAAUGGAUGCUUGUUUUGGUCUUGUGAGAAAAAAGACUUCAGGGAAGGCUCAGUUCUUGUCAAGGCAUAAUUCCAUUUUGUUCCACAAUCAAGAAGAAGUUGAUUCAUUUGUUGAUAACUACACUUCAAGUGCUGAACAAGCUAAAACUGAUUGUCAUGAGUUUAAGGCAGGUGAAGUAAAUGACAUGAUUCGAUCAAAGGUAGAAACAAAUUAUUCGAUGAGAAAGGUGUUUUGGUUGUGUCUGCCGGCAUGAUUACCCUAAAGGAUUUAUGAAUAUCAAACAUGGAGAAAGGAUUGGUUAUUCAGUUUUUAGUGUCAAACACCAGCUCUCUAACUCCAACGAAAACACAACAAUAAAAAUCAUGUAUGACAUUGCAUGUACUUUGAAGGCACACCUAAUG